AUGGACCCCGUCACGGCCUCGCUCCACGCAACCUACCAGCUCCUCCGCUUCAGCGUCGACGUCGACCAUGCUCCAUCACAGGUCCGCCAAAGCCUCGACCUCGUCCAGACAUGCUACCGCGACCUGCAGCACCUCAUCGAGAUCCGGAACGAGUGUCUCCCGUUCCUCCGGCAGACGCCCAUAGUCCUAAACCGCGUUAACGACAUCAUCGAGACGGCCGGCCAGGGCCUCGUCGAGGUCUGCCGCAUCGUAGAGAAGCGCCGGCCCGACGCCAACAAGGGCAAGGUGCCGUUGAGGGACAGGAUGGCAUGGGUGUUGUUCGAUUCCGUGGAGUUCAGGGGCCACGAACCCACCAUCAGCCGCCAUCAUGCAUCUGUGUUGGCCGAGAUGACGUUUCUUAGGCACGCGGCCCUCCUCGCGCCUCAAAUACAGCAGCAGCAGCGGAAACCGGCUGAAGCUGUCGAGAUCAAGGGAGGGUCGGAGAUCUUCCACAACGUCGCUCUCUUGGGUGGCCUCAUGAGCCAGAUGGCAUUCUCAGCGAAACCCUCGCAUCAACCUUCCUCCCCCCUAUUCGAGGAAGCCAUCUCGACCUCACAACUCUCGAAUGAUGCCAAGUCGCCAGAAACCUACCAGUCUUACAACCCCCCUUACCAAAUCAACCCGGGGAGCUCGAACAUCACUGUCGGGUUCCCAGCGGUGCCUCACGAGUCCUUCUGCGAGCUUGAAGCACCCUUCGAUCCAUCUCUUCGAUCGUCAACUCCACGUUUAACUCCCUCCAGUCCACCGCCCCCUUUUCAGAUCUUGCAUUUCGACCAUGCACGGAGCCAGCGCGGCAUCACGACGGUCCGAAAGUCCUCGGACAUUGGGUCUUUAUCCCUCUUGAACGAGAACCAGACGCAAUACUCGUUGCCCGAGCCUGCUCCGUGGCCACACACGCCCGGCCUCCUAGUGUCAAAGAGGCUUUCCAAUGACGAAUUCGCUCGCCCGAUCAUCCCAUCAUCCCCCUCGAUCCUGUCGUUACGCAGUACCAACGAUACGUCGAGUCAGCUCUCUGUCCCCGAGCAACCGAGCGAGCCAGGUAUACCGCCCCAGACCACGUUCAAACAGCGGUUUUCCGGGCCCUUCCGCCAGAUGAAAAGGGCAAGCCCGAGCCUUCUGGCCCCCGAAGACGAAGGAUCAUCAGCCGGCUCGAUGCGAUCCAGGCGUCCUCCGAGCGAGCUGUUCUCCGCACGAGAGCCCUUCCGUUCCGACACCGACUCGUCGCCGGCGGACUCGUCCGGGAGGUGGUUCUCGCCGGACUCGGUGCACGCGUGGCCGGUCAGCCCAAGCCCGAGUCUGUCGACCGCGACCCUUGACAGCGAGGCUCCCACGCUGACGAGCCCGUCUCCGACGAUGACCACGCUCCACUCGAUGCCAGCGCUCUCUCUCGGCAGAGACACCGGCGGAGACGUGUUCCACUUCGACGACGACUUUGAUAGGAUCAAGUCCGGGUACUACCUCCCGGCGCACGUCUACCCCGAGCCGACGGCGCCGGCGCCAAGAGCAGAUCCGACUGCGAAACUACAAACUGCAUGGAAGCCCGCGGACCGCCCCGCUCUCCCCGGAUCGCUGGCCCCGCGGUCGCUGAGUGAUUCUGCGCUCGUGUUCGGCUCCGCCUUUUGGGGCCCCGACGCCGGCCAGGGGUUGCCGUCCAGCCCAGAUCCCGCUCUGGAGGUGGCCCGGAUGAGGUUUCCGGGAGACCGCCAGGAGCGGGACACUGUACACGGUAUUGGAUCGGUGCCGGGUUAUUCGGGGGUGAAACGCUCGAGACACGCGGGAUCAUAUGCCGACCAAGCAUGA